ACUUUCCUUGUUCGACCCUCUCUCUCUCCCUCCAUCCGUCCCGCGGUCGCUCGCACCCCAUUCUGAAUCCCAAGUCGCCGGAGACGACGCGCGCGCGCGCUGUCUGCUCUGCGGCGAUGGAAGGCACCAUUCUGUGCGCCGCCAACCACGCGCCGCUCACGCCCAUCAGCUUCCUCGAGCGCACCGCGCUCGUCUACCCGGACCGCCCCGCCAUCGUCGCCUCCGGCGCCGCGCCGCGCGCCUGGCGGGAGAUCCGGGACCGCUGCCUCCGCCUCGCCGCCGCCCUCGCCGGACUCGGCGUCGCCCGCCACGACGUGGUUGCUGUGUUCGCUCAAAACAUUUCUGCCUUUUGCGAGCUCCAUUUCGGCAUCCCGAUGGCUGGUGCCGUCAUCUGCGCGCUCAACUCGCGCCUCGACGCCACCAUGGCGUCCGUCCUGCUGCAGCAUUCGGAGGCCAAGAUCGUCUUCGUCGACUGCGCGCUGCUUGACAUCGCCCAAGAAGCUCUCCGGCUCAUAUCCGAAGCCGGAGCGAGGCCUCCCGUUGUGGUGUUAAUCAAAGAGCUUCUCGACGAAUCAUCGCCAACAACUGUGCGAGGUGAUCGGUACUACGAAUACGAGGCCCUUUUGAGCAGCAGGGAGUCGGCGGACUUCGCGAUCCGAUGGCCGGCCGACGAGAACGAGCCGAUCGCGCUGAACUACACGUCAGGGACGACGUCGAGGCCGAAGGGAGUCGUGUACAGCCACCGCGGGGCGUACCUGAACAGCCUCGCGGCCGUGCUCCUGAACGACAUGGCGGCGAUGCCGGUGUACCUGUGGACCGUGCCCAUGUUCCACUGCAACGGCUGGUGCCUCGUCUGGGGCGUGGCGGCGCAGGGCGGCACCAACGUCUGCGUCCGGAAGGUCACUGGGGCCGCCAUCUUCGACAGCAUCGCGCUGCACGGGGUGACCCACAUGGGCGGCGCGCCGACGGUGCUGAGCAUGAUUGUGAACGCCAUGGCGGAGGAGCGGCGGCCGUUGCCCGGCGGGAGGCCGAUCACCGUUAUGACCGGCGGCGCGCCGCCGCCGCCGCAGGUGCUGUUCCGGAUGGAGGAGCUGGGGUUCCUCAUCAUACACUCGUACGGCCUGACGGAGACCUACGGCCCAGCGACUGUGUGCACGUGGAAGCCGGAGUGGGACGCACUUCCGCCGGAGGAGCGCGCGGCGAUCAAGUCCCGGCAGGGGCUCCACCACCUGGGGCUGGAGGUGGACGUGAAGGAUCCCACGACGAUGCGGAGCGUCCCCGCGGACGGUCGCACCAUGGGGGAGGUGAUGUUCCGGGGCAACACGGUGAUGAGCGGGUACUACAAGGACUCCGCGGCGACGGCGGAGGCGAUGGCCGGCGGGUGGCUCCGGUCAGGGGACCUGGCGGUGCGGCACGGCGACGGGUACGUGAAGAUCCGGGACCGGUCCAAGGACAUCAUCAUCUCGGGCGGGGAGAACAUCAGCACGAUCGAGGUGGAGGCGGCGCUGUUCGCGCACCCGGCGUUGAUGGAGGCGGCGGUGGUGGGGCGCCCCGACGAGUACUGGGGCGAGACGCCGUGCGCGUUCGUGACACUCAGGGACGGCGCCGAGGGCGUGGGAGCGGAGGAGGUGAUGGCGUUCUGCCGGGCGCGGCUGCCGCACUACAUGGCGCCGCGGACGGUGGUGUUCGUGGCGGAGCUGCCCAAGACGGCGACGGGCAAGGUGCAAAAGUUCGCGCUCCGGGAGCAGGCCAAGGCCAUGGGCAGCAUCUCCCUCUCCAGCUCCAAGCAGGGAGGAGGAUCAGGGACAGGGAGGAGCAAGCUCUGAACUCAACGAACAGUCUGAGUGUAUCAUCUCAUCUCAUUGCUACUCCACUACUCCAUCAUAUCGAUGAUGCGAGUGCAUCAUCUCGUCUCAUCUGGUGAUCUCAUCUGUAUUUGGAAACUUAUAUGACAUGCACCUGAAAACGAUGGGAGUGAUCCUUUUUUUGUGUGUCAAAUUUAACAAACAGAUGGAGUAACUCUAAUUCUCUCUAUAUA